AUGCAAGCGCUUCAGCAUGAAGGGCUCUCUGGCCCUCUCGAGCAGCCGAAUCUGACAGACUCUGCCGCUGGAGCUCGAGACCCGUCGCUUAAGGGCCCGGCACCGAAAAACGUCGCCUUCGAGUUGCUGCUCGAUGAGAAUUCCAAAGUUCGAGCUCGUAUUCCAAUGCGCGUUCAAAUCUAUCCUCAUGACACCACGGAUUCGAUCGUCACAACGGUCAAAAAUUUCUAUGGCAUCUAUGACGGUACUGCCAGUGGGGUGAGCUUCGAGGAUGAACAUGGGACAACCCUCAUCGCAAGGUAUGAGAACCUCAAAAAUAACAGAACUGUAUAUGUGCGGGUCAUUCCCAUCCAACCAUAUGGGGACCAUUUCUAUAACGGGUUCCCUGGCGAGCCUCGCAAGCGGCCUAGUCUGGCAGAGCCUUUCCAGAUGGCUGACAGCAUGGCACCCAUGAUGGAUCAGCCACGGCCUGCCUCCCGGCUUGGGAGAAAGCGCAGCACCUCUCCGUCGAACCGGAGUCUGCGCAGUGCUUCUCAACACAAGCCUCCCUCCCGCGCGGGUAACAAAAGCCGGGCAUCAAACGCCCAUGGAGGUCUUCAUGAUGAUGACGGCUAUAGUGAUACCGAAAGCGCCUAUGCUCGCAGGGCUCGGAAUGAACUAUUUGCUAGCUCUGAUAUCAGUAUGGAGAAUAUACUACAAGAUGGUCGUCGGAAACGACCCAAGUUUGAUAGCUCUGAGCUCCCGCUGUUCGUUCCUCCCCAAGUGCCCCUCACUACCUCCACCUCCUCCAUUUCCCCUCAGCGUCGAUCGGUUGGACAAGAAGGCGCUGGGUCGCCUUUCGCACGCCCACCGCAACGUGGCCCAUAUGGCUAUCAACAUGCGCUCCCAUCUCCACAAAGCUAUGGCCAGAGUGAAUACGGUAUUCAAUCAGGGCGCAACACAGUAUACGCGACUCCCGUGGUUCCAGACCAUGCGAAUCGCAUGCGCGAUACGGGAGCCUACAACAAUUCGGCUAGCCGAGUGAAUGGUCCAGGCAUAUUGCCCACACCCGACCCUACCAUUGCAAGCUGCAUCUCUGAUGAGGAUGUAGCAAUGCAAUUGAUACGUUUAGGCGAUGCGUCCAACUUCUCUCACGGUCGCACUUCUGCCUCAACAUUGGACGAUGCUUUCAGUGGCGCCGCUGAUGCUGCCUCGUCCACCGGCGCCACCAGUGAUGGUGAAAACUUCAGCGAGGAUGAGGAUGACCUGCCAACUCGUCGCCAGAGACUGGACUCAAGCCCGAUGCUGCCGCCGGGAACCAUCAAGCGUCACCUCAAGGGCCUGGAUGACAUCCUUCCUAGCGCUGACAGCAGCGACCACAGCUCAGAUGCAUAUGAUGGCAUCAAAAGUGAGGCUGAAGACGAUGUGCUCUACAAGGAGUUUGCGCCUAAGGCAAAGAAGCCGAAGAGCCGCCCUACAUCACUUAAGGCUCGCAGUCAUAAGCCUGCACCCACGAAGCUGAGCAAGAGCAAGUCUGCGGCAUCCGCUCCUCGCAAGUCGUCCGAAAAGUCCGUGGCGCCUCUUCCACCUCUUAGCCCGGCUUCCUCCCGAAAGGUAUCUGGUGGCUCUGUCAACUUCCAGCAUCAGCUGGGUGCAGAUGAGGAAGAUCUGUCUACCAAGCCUCGGUGCCAGCGGUGCCGCAAGAGCAAGAAGGGCUGUGACCGGCAGCGUCCCUGUGGGCGUUGCAAGGAUGCCGGCAUUGGCGUCGACGGCUGCCUUAGUGAAGAUGAGGGCAAUGGUCGCAAGGGCCGUUACGGUCGCCACAUGGGUGUCCCUGUCAAGAAGAAUGGCGAGGGCGUAGAUGAAGAUGAGGAGUUUUCGGUAACGCCUGCGACUCCUGUUUCUGCGUCUGCAGCAGACAAGAACAAGAAGCGAAAGCGCUAG